AUGCCUGUUGGAACAGUCCUCGUUACCGGUGGUACCGGCUACAUUGGCUCCUUCACCACCUUGACCCUCCUCGAGAACGGUUACGAUGUCGUCAUUGUCGACAACCUCUACAACUCCUUCGAGAAUGUCAUCGACCGCAUUGAGAAGCUCUGCGGACGUCGCCCCGCCUUUCACAAUGCUGACCUGACAGACGAAAAGGCUGUCGACGCCGUCUUCGACAAGCACCCCGAGAUUGACUCUGUGAUUCACUUUGCCGCCCUCAAGGCUGUUGGCGAGUCUGGCGAGAUCCCUCUCGAAUACUACCGCGUCAAUGUCGGCGGCAGCAUCAGCCUCAUGCGCUCCAUGACCCGCCACAACGUCUCAAACAUCGUCUUCUCCUCCUCCGCCACCGUCUACGGCGAUGCCACCCGAUUUCCCAACAUGAUACCUAUCCCCGAGCACUGCCCAAUUGGUCCCACAAACACCUACGGUCGUACCAAGUCCACAAUCGAAGACGUCAUUACCGACCACGUCAAUGCUGAGCGCAACAGACUGAAGAAGGAAAGCAAGCCCUUCGAGCACUGGAACGGCGCUCUUCUGCGAUACUUCAACCCCUGCGGUGCCCACCCUAGUGGUAUCAUGGGCGAGGAUCCCCAGGGUGUCCCCUACAACCUGUUACCUUUACUUGGUCACGUUGCUACUGGCAAGCGCGACAAGCUGCUCGUGUUCGGUGAUGAUUAUUCUUCCCGUGAUGGCACUGCCAUUCGCGACUACAUUCACGUCAUCGACCUUGCCAAGGGACAUCUCGCUGCUCUCCAGUACCUUCGUGACAACAAGCCCGGUGUCAAGGCAUGGAAUCUUGGUUCCGGACGUGGCAGCACCGUCUUUGAAAUGAUCAAGGCUUUUAGCUCCGUUGUCGGCCGCGAUCUUCCCUACGAAGUUGUUGCCCGCCGCCAGGGUGACGUCCUCGACCUUACGGCCAACCCUACUCUCGCCAACAAGGAACUAAAGUGGAAGACUGAAAUACCCAUGGAAAAGGCAUGCGAGGAUCUGUGGCGCUGGGUCAGCAACAACCCCGAAGGCUACCGUCAGGAGCCUCCGGCUGAGUUGAUGAAUGCCAUUCAGACACCAAAGGCAUAG